GGCCUGAGGCAACCCCGGCCGAGGAGCAGUCGCGAGCUCGGCGUUGAGGCGGCGCGUGCGCGGAAAGAGCGAGCGAGAGAGAGGGAGAGAAAGAGAGAGAGCGACGGCGAGCGAACAGCCUCAGUAGCCGCCGCGGCGCCUCCUCGGCCGCGCAUGCGCGGAGCGAGGAAAGUGGGCGGCGCGGGGCCCCGGCGACGGCGGCGGCGACGGCGCGGUAGGCCCGGCAGGACAAUGGCGGCGGCCUCGGCCUCGGUAACGGCGGCCUCGAGUCCCGUGUCGGGGCCUGGAACCGUCGUCGGAGGCAGCGGGCCCGGUUCGGCUUCUUCGUCCUCGUCGUCGUCGUCGUUUUCUUCCGCCGGCCCUUUGUCGCUUUCCCGCCGGAAAGACGGAGGCCCCGCCGGGAAAUUCUGGGAAAGCGCCGACACGGCUUCGCAGUUGGAAGCCGCCCGGGUUUGGCUGGCUAAGCAUUACAAGAAGUAUGUCCAGGCCGAUGCACCGACCAAUAAAACCCUGGCUGGGCUGGUUUCCCAAUUGCUGCAGUUCCAGGAAGAUGCCUUCGGAAAACAUGUGGCCAAUCCUGCCUUUACCAAGUUUCCGGCCAAGUGCUUCCUGGAUUUCAAAGCUGGAGGGACGUUGUGUUACAUCCUCGGUGCCGCUUACAAGUACAAGAACGAGCAAGGAUGGAGGAGAUUCGACUUGCAAAACCCUUCACGGAUGGACCGAAACGUGGAAAUGUUUAUGAACAUCGAAAAAACAUUAGUGCAGAAUAACUGUCUAAGCAGACCAAGCAUCUACCUCAUUCCGGACAUCGAGCUGAAAGUGGCUAACAAGCUCAAAGACAUUGUCAAGCGCCAUCAGGGGACCAUCACAGACGACAAGUCGAAAGCCACACAUCAUAUAUACCCUAUUCCUACCUCACUGGAUGAAGAUGACUGGCUGAGACCCGUGAUGAGAAAAGACAAGCAAGUUCUGGUGCAUUGGGGUUAUUACCCAGACAGCUACGACACCUGGGUCCAUGCGAGCGAAGUCGAAGCGGAGAUCGAAGAGCCUCCCAUUCCUGAAAAGCCCUGGAAGGUCUACGCCCGAUGGAUCCUGGACAUGGACGUUUUCAACGAAUGGAUGAACGAAGAAGACUACGAGGUGGAUGAGAACAAGAAGCCAGUCAGCUUUCGGCAACGGAUUUACCUGAGAAAUGAAGAGCCGGUCCGUAGCCCCGAACGACGAGAUAGAAAGGCAGCUACCGGAACCCGGAAGAGGAAGGCCUCUCCUUCGCCCCCACCACCUCCCACCCCGGUGGAAUCCAGGAAGAAAGUUGGCAAGAAGGGACAAGCCAGCCUCUACGGGAAGCGACGCGGUCAGAAAGAAGAGGAGGAGCAGGACGAUCUGACCAAGGACAUGGAGGACCCCACCCCUGUGCCGAACGUUGAGGAGGUGGCCCUUCCCAAAAACGUCAAUCCGAAGAAGGACAGCGAAAACACCCCGGUCAAAGGAGGCACCGUCGCGGAUCUUGAUGAACAAGACGAAGAGACAAUGACGGCCGGAGCAAAGGAGGACGAAGAUCCCAACAAAGGGGACCAGGGACGGUCCCUCGACACCGGAGAAGACAACGUCACUGAACAGACCAACCACAUCAUCAUUCCCAGCUAUGCCUCCUGGUUCGACUACAAUUGCAUCCAUGUCAUCGAACGCCGGGCGCUUCCCGAAUUCUUCAAUGGGAAAAACAAAUCCAAGACUCCGGAAAUAUACUUAGCGUACCGCAAUUUCAUGAUCGACACCUACCGCUUGAACCCUCAAGAAUAUUUGACCAGCACGGCCUGCCGAAGAAACUUGACCGGCGACGUUUGUGCAGUCAUGAGGGUCCACGCCUUUCUGGAGCAGUGGGGGCUGAUCAAUUACCAAGUGGAUCCGGAAAGUCGACCCAUGGCCAUGGGACCCCCGCCCACCCCCCACUUCAAUGUGCUGGCGGACACCCCUUCGGGACUCAUGCCGCUCCACCUGCGGACUGCUCAGAUUCCAGCUUCCCAACAAAUGCUGAACUUCCCGGAGAAAAACAAAGAAAAACCCACCGAUCUGCAGAAUUUUGGCCUCCGGACGGACAUCUACUCCAAGAAAACUUUAGCCAAGAGCAAAAGCGCCAACGCUGGCCGAGAAUGGACAGAACAAGAGACUCUGCUUCUGCUUGAGGCGUUGGAGAUGUACAAGGAUGAUUGGAAUAAAGUCUCCGAGCACGUCGGGAGUCGAACCCAGGACGAGUGCAUCCUCCAUUUUCUCAGGCUCCCCAUCGAAGACCCUUACCUGGAGAAUUCGGACUCCUCCCUCGGACCCUUGGCCUACCAGCCCGUCCCAUUCAGCCAAUCCGGGAAUCCGGUUAUGAGCACCGUGGCUUUCCUGGCCUCAGUGGUGGAUCCUCGGGUGGCUUCAGCAGCCGCCAAAGCAGCUUUAGAGGAAUUUUCCCGCGUCCGAGAAGAAGUCCCUCUGGAACUGGUGGAGGCCCACAUCAGGAAGGUCCAAGAAGCCGCCCGGGUUUCGGGGAAAGUGGACCCCACUUACGGGCUCGAGAGUAGCUGCAUCGCUGGAACGGCCCCUGACGAGCCAGAGAAAAUGGAUGGAGCCCAAGAGGACAAGAUGGAGACGGACGCAGACGCCCCACAGACAGAGAAAGUCAAGGUCGAGAGCAAAGGGGAGAACGAAAUAGACGCAAACAAGCUAACAGAAGGAGAUGAGGAGAGAAUCGUUGAAAAGGAACAAGAUAGCGACGCGUCUCAAGAUUCGAAACAAGACGACAAGAACGCCGAUGACAACAAGGAGAACUUCGACGUCGGCAAAGAGAAGGAAGUCAGUGGCGGGAAGCGGCGCUCUGAGCACGAACUCUCCGAAGGGAACGUCGCCACGGCUGCAGCUGCCGCCCUGGCUUCAGCCGCCACCAAAGCCAAGCAUCUGGCUGCCGUGGAGGAACGGAAGAUCAAAUCUCUGGUGGCCCUCCUGGUGGAAACCCAGAUGAAGAAACUGGAGAUCAAACUUCGUCAUUUUGAAGAGCUGGAAACCAUCAUGGACCGAGAGAAGGAAGCGCUGGAGCAGCAGAGACAGCAGCUGCUCACCGAGCGUCAAAACUUCCACAUGGAGCAGCUGAAAUACGCCGAACUCCGAGCCCGACAACAAUUAGAACAGCAGCAGCAACAACAGCAGCAACAACAGAGCCAGAACGCACAACAAUCGCACCAGCACACCAGUGGUCCAGGCAUGAAUCCUCUGGGGACAGCCUUGUCAUCUCACCAGCAGCCUCCCCCUUAUCCCAUGAUGCUUCACCAGAUGCCCCCACCUCACCCUCCUCAACCAGGUCCCAUCCUCGGACAGGGCUCCAUGAUGCCCGGACAGCCCCUGCCAGGCCGUAUCAUG